UGUCCCGGCCGGUUUGGGGGGCGCGUUGCCCGGAGACCGAAAGUUUGCGAGCCAGAACAGGCUGGGCGGCGGCCCCGGAAAGGGGGUCCAGGGGGCGGCGGCCCUGGGGAUGGGGAAGGAGCAGGAGCUGCUGGAGGCGGCCCGCACCGGACACCUCCCGGCCGUGGAGAAGCUGCUGUCCGGGAAGCGGCUCUCCUCAGGCUUCGGGGGCGGCGGCAGCGGGGGCUCAGGGGGAGGCAGCGGCGGCGGCGGCGGCGGCGGCGGUCUCGGCUCCUCGAGCCAUCCCCUCUCCAGCCUGCUCAGCAUCUGGAGAGGGCCAAAUGUGAACUGUGUUGACAGCACUGGGUAUACACCUCUGCACCAUGCUGCUUUGAAUGGCCAUAAGGAUGUGGUCGAGGUUCUUCUGAGGAACGACGCACUGACCAACGUGGCUGAUUCUAAAGGCUGUUACCCUCUGCACUUGGCAGCCUGGAAAGGAGAUGCCCAGAUAGUGCGGUUGCUCAUCCAUCAAGGGCCCUCACACACCAAAGUCAAUGAACAGAAUGCUCUUGAGAUCAAAGAACUCAAAAAGUACGGCCCCUUUGACCCUUAUAUCAAUGCCAAGAACAAUGACAACGAGACGGCCCUGCACUGCGCAGCGCAGUAUGGCCACACGGAGGUGGUGAAGGUCCUCUUAGAGGAGCUGACUGACCCCACCAUGCGCAACAACAAGUUCGAGACGCCUCUGGACCUGGCUGCGCUCUACGGGAGGCUGGAGGUGGUGAAGAUGCUCCUCAACGCACACCCCAACCUCCUGAGCUGCAACACUAAGAAGCACACCCCUCUGCACUUGGCAGCAAGGAAUGGCCACAAAGCCGUGGUCCAGGUCCUCCUGGAUGCCGGCAUGGAUAGCAAUUACCAGACGGAGAAGGGCAGUGCUUUGCAUGAGGCUGCUUUGUUUGGCAAGACCGAUGUGGUGCAAAUCCUGCUGGCUGCAGGAAUUGACGUCAACAUAAAAGAUAACCGUGGACUGACUGCCUUAGACACUGUCCAGGAGCUACCAUCUCAGAAGAGCCAGCAGAUAGCAGCACUGAUCGAAGAUCACAUGACUGGAAAAAGAAGUGCAAAAGAGGUAGAUAAAACCCCCACAGCCCAGCCACCUCUCAUCUCCAACAUGGACUCCAUAUCCCAGAAGUCUCAGGGUGACGUGGAGAAAGCAGUGACUGAACUGAUCAUCGAUUUUGACACCAACACAGAAGAGGAGGGUCCUUACGAGGCGCUGUACAACGCUGUCUCCUGCCAUUCAUUGGACAGCACGGCCAGCGGGCGCUCGUCUGACCGGGACUCCGUGAGCAAGGAGGCCGAGGCGGUGGGAGUGAAAGCUGCUGGAGUGAGGCCUAGGGAACGUCCUCCGCCUCCAGCAAAACCACCACCCGAUGAAGAGGAGGAAGACCGCAUAGAUAAGAAGUGUUUUCCCUUGACAGCUUCUGAGGUCUUGACUGUGAGACCCUGGAUUCAGGGGAGCGCAGCCAGGGAGGAGGACGAGCAUCCUUAUGAGCUACUGCUGACAGCAGAGACAAAGAAGCUGGCAUCCGUGGACGGAAGGACAAAAGACCACAGGCGGAGCAGCGGCAGCCGGAGCCAGGACUCUGCAGAGGGGCAGGACGGGCAGGUCCCGGAGCAGUUCUCAGGUCUCCUCCACGGCUCCUCCCCAGUGUGUGAGGCGGGGCAGGACCCUUUCCAGCUGCUUCCAGCCCCUGGCCAGAGCCAUCAAGAAGGGUCCCCCGUGCAGGGUGCCCGCCCCGAGGCAGGCAUGCAGCUGGAGGAGACGGGCGGGCGCACGUCUGGAGCCUCCGCGCCCCGCGUGCCGGACCAGAGUAAGAGAGUGGGCUAUCCGGCCGGCCUGCCUCCCGCCCACAGCCAGACGCACCCCGAAACUUCGACGCGCACCGCAUCUCCACACCCUGGGGGUGCCGAGGAAGAAGGCGACCGGAGCGGGGCCAGAAGCCGAGCCCCUCCCACCGGCAGACCCAAAGCUGAGCUCAAACUCAGCCGCAGCUUGUCCAAGUCUGACUCUGAUCUCCUGACCUGCUCACCCACGGAGGACGCUACGAUGGGGAGCCGGAGCGAGUCCCUGUCCAACUGCAGCAUCGGGAAGAAGAGGCUGGAGAAGUCUCCCUCCUUUGCCUCCGAGUGGGAUGAGAUUGAGAAGAUCAUGAGCUCUAUUGGAGAAGGGAUCGACUUUUCUCAGGAACAGCAGAAGAUCUCAGGUUCGCGGCCGCCGGAGCAGAGCGUCGGGGAGUGGCUGGAGGCCGUGGGGCUGCAGCAGUAUGAGAGCAGGCUGCUUCUCAAUGGCUUUGACGAUGUCCGCUUCCUGAGCACGACGGCUCAAAGAAAAAGAAAAGAAAAACCCAAGUGUCUUUUCUCAGGCUCCCCGUGGAGUAGGGGCCCGGCUGGGACCCUGGGCUCUGGACCCAGCGCUCCCUGUGUCAGUCCAGCAGGCAGCUCAGGGUGGGCUGCCCGUGACCAUCCCUCUCCUGGAAACCCUCCCGAGAUGUCCUCAUGGGUCGGGUCUGGGCUUUGGCUCCGGCUCCCAGGCAGCCCCAGCUGCCCCAGGGGGCCUAACGUGAUGGAAGAUCAAGACCUGCGGGAAAUCGGCAUCAGUGAUGCACAGCACAGGCGGAAGCUGCUCCAGGCCGCGCGGUCCCUGCCCAAGGUGAAGGCUCUGGGCUAUGAUGGGAACAGCCCCCUGUCAGUGCCCUCCUGGUUGGACUCCCUGGGCCUGCAGGACUACGUCCAUUCCUUCCUGUCGAGUGGCUACAGCUCCAUUGACACUGUGAAGAACCUCUGGGAGCUGGAGCUUGUCAACGUCCUAAAGGUGCACCUGCUCGGCCAUCGCAAGCGCAUCAUCGCCUCCCUGGCAGACAGACCCUACGAGGAGCCGCCCCAGAAGCCCCCACGGUUUUCCCAGCUGAGAUGCCAAGACUUGCUCUCCCAGACGUCAUCCCCCCUGAGCCAGAAUGACUCCUGCACCGGCCGGUCGGCUGACCUGCUGCUGCCUUCUGGGGACACGGGCAGGAGGCGGCACGACAGUCUCCAGGACCCUGCAGCGCCCUCUCGGGUGGAGCGCUUCAGGAUCCAGGAAGAGCACCGAGAGGCCAAGCUGACCCUUCGGCCCCCAAGCCUGGCUGCCCCCUAUGCCCCUGUGCAGAGUUGGCAACACCAGCCGGAGAAACUCAUCUUCGAGUCCUGCGGUUAUGAAGCCAAUUAUCUGGGUUCCAUGUUGAUCAAAGAUCUGCGAGGGACAGAAUCCACGCAAGACGCCUGUGCCAAGAUGCGGAAAUCCACGGAGCACAUGAAGAAGAUCCCCACCAUCAUCCUGUCCAUCACCUACAAAGGUGUCAAGUUCAUCGACGCCUCCAACAAGAACGUCAUCGCAGAGCACGAGAUCCGGAACAUUUCCUGUGCAGCCCAGGACCCGGAGGACCUCUGUACCUUCGCCUACAUCACCAAGGACCUGCAGACCAGCCACCACUAUUGCCACGUUUUCAGCACGGUGGACGUGAACCUGACCUAUGAGAUCAUCCUGACGCUGGGGCAGGCAUUCGAGGUGGCCUAUCAGCUGGCCCUACAGGCCCAGAAGUCUAGGCCGAUGGGGGCCCCUGCUGCCGAGAUGAUUGAAACAAAAUCUUCCAAACCGGUGCCUAAGCCUCGGGUCGGCAUGAGGAAGUCAGCACAGCUGGAACCACCUGAUAUGGACCCAGAUGCCCAGUCCCAUGCCAGCGUCUCCUGGGUUGUGGACCCCAAACCAGACUCUAAGCGGAGCCUCAGCACCAACUGAGCCACCGAGGAACCAACUGUGCUGCAGAAACAGCCGUGGGGAGCGCAGGCUCCCGCCGCCGCCGCCGCUGCCACCACCGUCUCAGCUGCAGCUUUGAAGACGCAGGCCCCACUACUGCCCGUAGGACCUCCUCGCGGCUGCAUGGUCUGGGCCUGCCACCGCCAGGUCUCGCCGCGUGAGCCCUGCCCUGGUUGCGGAGCAGCCCUCCAGGCCUCUAGCAGAUGAGGCUGGAACUCCAGAGGGCCAAGAAGUGACUUGUCCAGAAAACAUUUUUUAAUAGAAAAAAUUUUUUUUAUAAAGUGAACUUUCAACACUUGGCUCAGCCCUCUAGGUUAAACUGCCAAUCUUUAGACAAUGGCCAUAGGGUCAGAGGACAGCAGGCCUCUGUCCUCGGGCUGGGGUCUUGGCGUGCUUGGGCAGCUCUGAGAGAAGGUAGUGGGUGAAUUGAAUCUGCUCGACAGACCUGCCAGUCAGCUGCUCUUCCUUCUGAGCCGCACGGCUUCUUGUCCCCGCCUGGAGCUGGGGGCAGCCCGUAGAGGCGCCUGGCAAAAGCAGAGGCUUCUGGGGUUCCAAACGUGAAGGUCCGGGGCCACGUGGAGUUGCACAAGCAGGUCGCGGUGCCCGAGCUCUGGGCUGCUCCUCCGUCUCGGACCCGGCGGUGGCCAGAGCGCUGCCCUGGGCUGCCUGGCCACAGGCUCUCUGGUGACCUCAGACUGUCUGAGUCGAGGCAGAAAGGAGAAGAAGCAGCUUUGUUUUGGGCAUUAAUGGGUAGGUCGGCUGAGGUGGCUGCCUGCUGAUUUGUGAUUUGUCUAAUCAGGUCUGUGUGAUUAGGACUCACUUUGAUUCUCUGAAUUAUCGGUUUGAUUGUCAUCCUUUCAGCUGCUGGGCUCCCCCCUGGCUCCAAGGGUAGAGAAGGCUGAAUCAGGUGACAGUUUGAUUCUCCCCGAGUGUGGCCUUCAGGGCAGGCUGGCGUCCGGGUGCUGCUGCUGCUGCCUGAGCCCUCCUGCUGGCUGGCUUUGCUUUUCACCUUUGGUUGCAUUGCUCCUCCUGGAGGUAGAGGCAGAGCCAGAGGGACUGUUCCUGUGAGGCUGGGCCAGGUCAGCUGCCUGUCCAGCACCUUCCAGAGCAGAGCCUUUCCUCCCACGGGGCCGCGAGCAGACCUUCCACUUUGCUGGCACAGCGCAAUCUGGUCCCAGGAUCAGUAGUCCAGGCUUCAGUAGCGCCGCUCUCUCUCCCGGCAGGGGCUGUGAAUGAGCAGGGAGCGCCCCGGCGCACCUUCACAGCCCUGUGGUCGGCCAGCAGUGGAAAGCUGGGCCGCGUCUUCCUGCUGACCUGAGGCUGGGCCCUGUGGGUUUCCUUUCCGCUGAGCCGUCCACACCGCAGGCCUGGGGAGUCACACCCCCUCUCACUGAUCCUGCCCUUCUCGGUACUAAACAAGGACCUCGAUACCGGGAAGUCUGACUUCACGUCCUGCUGCUUCCAGGGCCCGUUGGCUUCCACUGAGCAGUAUUCAGCCCCUACUUCCUUCCAGGUAUGGACGAGGAACCCCAAGCUGGGUGGGUAAACCGCGGCUCCUGCUGCAGUGCGAGUGCUGUGCCCUCUUCCUCCUGAGGAAGGCCGGUCUCCUCUAAGCAGCGCUCUCUUGGUGGGUGGUGGGUCCAUUAAGAAAACUGUAGACACUACGAUGAGUUCCUCAAGCUGUCUUUUUGUUUUUAAGUCAUAGGUAGGUGUCUCCUUCCCUUGAAGCUGCUAUAUCUUCUUUAUUUAUUCAGGGUGUUUCAUGUUGGAAAGCCUUGGCUGAUCUGCUCUGGCUCUGGAUUUUGUUUUGAGCUUGGUUUAUUUCUCAAUAGCCAAGAAAGGAAGGGACUAGAUAUUUCUUUUUUACUCCUCCUCCGGGACAGGUACUCUCCCUCCCCUAGAAAGAAAAAUUUUAACACCAGGACAGGCUUCACGUGGAGAGAAGCCCUGCUUCUGCACGUGAGCACAAGCCCCGCAGUGUGGCAGCCCCGUUCUGAACUGUGCAGGCCGUUCAGGCGGGACUUGAGAUAGGUCAGUACCUGCCCGGCCACAGGCUCUCUGCUCCGCCCUUCUGCUUGCAGCUACUCCGAGCAGGGCUUCCCUUCGACAGGCUCUGCAUUUGCAACGCUCGCAUCCCCCCGGGGCCCCCAGCUUCGACUCUGGGGAGUCCCCGGAGAAGUCUCGGGCUGAGCAGACUGGUCUGCCCUCGGCCUGUGUUGUGAUGCCCGGGCCUGCAGGACGACUCUCAGACGCAGUUCACAAAGUGGUGUUGCUAAUGGUGUGGCAAUGGGACUGAAUUGUAAUAAAACGUUAUUUAAUCUUUGUCUCUGUAUUUUGAUACUUGAAUGACUUCCCCUUUUAUUUUACUGUACAUAUAAUUGUUAAUCUGUCCAAUUUUGUCUAAAUUACAGACAUCUUGUGGUACCAAACAUAACCGAUCUGUGCAACAACAUAGACUGACCUCACUACACGAGAGAGAGUGUAAAUAUUCCUGGGCUUUCGGCUUUGGUUUUGUUAUUUUCGUAACUGUACAACUUAGAACAGACUGAAUUAAUAAAUGAGAAGUGACAUGAAACCAA